AUGCAGCAACUGCCGCUGCAGCGGCAUGACCGCAGGGGUGACUGUGCCACUCUGGGUCUUGCAGCAGCAGCAGCGGCAGCAGAAGCAGCAGCACUAACAGAAGCAGCAGCAGCAGUACCAGCAGCAGCAGCAGUAGCAGCAGCAGCACUGCCACCAGCUGUAGCAGCAGCCGCAGCAAGCGGCGCUGCUGCAGCACGAACCUCUCGACCUCCGCGCAGCAGCUUCACCAAGCAGCUAGCAGCAGCAGCAAAAGAUGCGGAACAGCUCCUCGCUGCUGCUGCAGCAAGAAGGGCGGCAGCAGAAAAGCUGCUGCCAUGCCCUUCCGAGCAGCAGCAGCAGCAGCAGCGUCGAACGCGCCACUCUUGCAGCCCUGUGACGGUAGGGGCAGCAGCAGCAGCAGCAGCGCGUGCUGCAGCAGCAGAUGACUACGCAGCAGCUGACAGCCGGAGGAGGAGGAGUGCAGGGAUGGCUGCAGCAGCAGCAACAGCAGCAGAAGCAGCAGCAGCAGCAGCGGCAGCAGCACGGUCAGAUUCCAUCUUGCUGGAGCAGCUCGCAGAGCGUCAGCAAAAGCUGCUGGAAAGGCAGCAGCUGCUGCUGCAGCGGCAGCAGCAGCAGCAGCACCGCAUGCUUCUGCGUAAGAGGGACGCCUUCAAUGAGCAGCAGCAGCAGCAACACCAGCAGCAGCAACAGCGGGAGCAGCAGCAGCAGCUAGGCUGGGCAUGGCACCAGCACCCCGGCACCGCCUCAUACCUACAGCAGCAGCAGCAGCAGCAGCAGCAGCAGAGUCCUGGAGUGUACUGCUACGAAGAGUCGCACGCACUGGGAGUUAAGCAGCAUAUGCUGCAGCAGCAGCAGCAGCAGCUUCACGGGUGGGCCCCCAGCAGCAGCAGUAGCCGCAGCACCAACAGCAACAGCAGCAGCAGCAGCAACAGCAGCAGCAGCAGACCCUGGGACUCCAGCUGCUGGCGCAUGCACGGCAGCAGCAGCAGCAAACGCUGCAGCAGCAGCAACAGCGUGGUGCUGCUCACAGAGCCUUCUACCAGGGCAGACUCAAGUCCAGCAGCAGCAGCAGCAACAGCAGCAAGUAGUGCUGCUGCAGCUUUCUGCGGCCAUAGUGUGGCCUGCAGUCCUGGAGAGACACCAGCAGGAGCAGCAGCAGCAUCAGCAGCAGACAGGACGCCUGGAGGCCGCCACCACCGCAGCAGCAGCAGCAGCAGCAGAAACGGGAGAGAUAGCAGCAGCCCGCUUAGUGCCGCUGCUGCUGCAUACUUUGCUGCAGCUGCAGCAGAUGACGCAGCAGCAGCAGCAGCAGCAGCUUCAACUCCACGGACGGAUUCACCAGCAGCAGCAUUAGCAGCAGCAGCAGCAGCAACAGGGACGGCACCCACUAGCAGCAGCAGAACGCGACUGAUAAUCAAGCGCAGUCACUUUCCUGCUGCUGCUUCUGCUGCUGCUGGUGCCCCCUGCAGAAGGGAGAGUGAAGAGAGCAGCAGCAGCAGCUGCUGCUGCUGCAACACAGACAGCAGCAGCAGCCCUUCGGCUGCUGCCGUUCUUGAUGCCUUUUAA